AUGGGCAUGCACAGACACCUCACCUUCCUCCUCCUCAGCCUCUAUGCCCCAGGGACUUUCGUCAGAGCAACAGUUCUGCCUGACUUGCCACGUGUGGUGGCCCUGAGUGAGGACGCAGUGUCAGGCACCCAUGUUGCUGAGGUGACUGUGUCCUGCAGCAACUCAAGCAGCAGUCCCAAUGUCACCCUGGAUAGCAUCGAGUCUGACCACCCCUUCAACUCCAUCGCCAUCAGCUCUGACCCCACGGAUGCCACCAUGUUCCGGGCAGAGGUGACACUGCGUGCUGGUGCAGAGCUCAAUGCCCGCCAGGUGAACCAGUACACACUAAUCCUGCGGGCUGCUUGUCCUGGUGAGGAUGAGGUGGAAGAGCGGCUCUUUGUCUGGGUGACAGCAGGGCAUGUGCUGCGCUGUGACAGCCCCUUUGCCAGCGCAGAGGGUGAUGUGGUGCAGGUGCUGGCAGAUGUGGCACCCCGGACACCCCUGUACGUGGUGCUGCCACAGCCACUUGGUGGACUGACGUUCAGGCUCCGAAACCACAACACACCGCUCAUGCUCACCCGCCGGGGUGUGGUGCUGGCACCUGACAAUGGUUUUGACCCCAGCAAGGACACCCAGACGUUCAGGUUGGAGAUUGAGGUGAUGGAUCGUCAUGGGCGCAACUGCAGCGGGGCUGUAAGGGUGGAGGUGCUGCCAUCGCUCCGUCCCCAUGUCACCUUCCUUGAGCCACACUGGGCUGUGACGGUGACAGAAGGCAUUGGCCCCUGGGAGGUGGUCACACAGGUCCAUGCCAGAGGUGACAAUGUCCGCUAUGCCAUCCUUGCUCCUGUGGCUCCCAUGCUUUUCACCAUUGAUGAGGUGACAGGUGAGAUCCGCAGCACCCGCCGGCUGGAGGUGAUCCGUGCCCACCUCCUUAUCCGGGCUUACAACAUGCUGCACCCUGACGACCACGCCACCGCCACAGUCAAUGUCACCGUGCAGGGGACAGACCGUCAGGCACCAAGAUGUGUCCCAGCCAUCUUCGUGUCCCAGGUGCCUGAAACGGUGUCCCCUGGAAGCAUCUUGGUGACAAUGAGGUGCAGCAAAUCCACCAGCACUGAUGGGUGUCUGCACUAUGCUCUCGAGGGGCCUCCCUCCUCCCGCUCCCACUUCUGCAUGGAAGGGCCACAGCUGAAGGUCAACACCACCCUGGACUAUGACUCGGAGGUCAUGGCUGCUCUGGGCUUCCAGUUCACAGCCACCAUUGUGGUGACAGUAGGAGGGCAACCCCUACAGACCACUCGUGUGCCUGUGCUUGUGACGGUGACACCUGUCAAUGAAUUCAGACCGGCGUGCCCCAACAGUGCCACCUUCACAGUGCCAGAGACAGCAGCUUUCAGCAGCGUCGUGGGGCGUGUGGCUGGCACUGACCGCGACUACCCCCUGGACAGCCUCGAGUACAGCCUAGAGGGGGGGUCUGGCCCUGCACAGCCCUUCUCCAUUGACAGGCGCACUGGCGAGAUCCGCGUGGUGGGACCCCUGGGCUCCCAGCAGCAGAAGAGCUACAGGCUGGUGGUGCGGCUGACGGACGCUCACAAUGACCUGGACCUAAGUAAGAGGCAGAGCCGUCUGUGUGAGGUGUCUGUGCGCCUGCAGGCUGUGCCGGACCAGCUGCCGGUGUGCAUCCCCGAGGUGCAGGAGCUGCAGAUCACGGCUGGGUCCCCAGGCAGCCGCCAGCCUGUCACCCGCCUGGUGUGCCACAGCAGCCCCGACAGCGCCGUGCUGACUUACACCAUUGUUGGAGGAAACGAAGAUGGGCGCUUUCGGCUGGAAGGGAACACCCUUGUCUACCUCCCCAGUGACCGAGCCUCACCCCACCCCUUUGUCCUGCUGGUGGAAGUGUGGGGCAGCCCUGGUGCCCGCCGCCGCAGCACUGUGGUGGCACUGGUGGUGCAUGUUGCCCCCCGGAGCACCCCGGUGCCACCCAGCACCACCACCCAGCACACGACGCUGCUGCAGAAGGAGCCGCUGGUUGUCGUGCAGACAGAGGCAGUGUGGCACCCACCGGCCUGGUUUGUGGUGGUGCUGACCAUCUCUGGUGCCCUGCUGCUGGCUACCCUGGGCUGCAUGGCCUGGAAACUGCUGUGCAGCAACCGGGCUCCUAGCAGGCGGUUCCUGGCCAGGAGCUCCUGGGAUGUGGUGGAACACAGCAGGGGCAAGGAGGAGCAGGGACACCCACAUGCCAGCAGCCCAGGGCAGUUCGAUGGCCGUGCUCAGGACCCACGCAGCGGCAGGGACUAUCUCUUCAACAGCGGGACUGGGGCUCGGCGCUGGAUCUGA